AUGGUAUCAAAGACCAAGAAACCUAAUUUCUUAAUCAUCGUUGCUGAUGAUUUAGGAUUCACUGAUACAUCUCCUUUUGGAGGUGAGAUCCAUACUCCAAACUUGCAAAGGCUUGCCAACUCUGGGGUAAGAUUAACUGAUUUCCAUACUGCAUCAGCUUGUUCACCUACUAGAUCAAUGUUACUUUCGGGAACUGAUAAUCAUAUUGCGGGAUUAGGACAGAUGGCAGAAUUUUCCUCGAGACAUCCUGAGAAAUUCGCCGGUAAGAAAGGGUAUGAAGGUUAUCUUAAUGAUAAAGUUGUUAGUUUAGCUGAAAUUUUAGGGGAGAAUGGGGAUUAUUUUACUUUUAUUUCUGGUAAAUGGCAUUUAGGUUUACUCCCUGAAUAUUGGCCUAUUAAACGUGGAUUUGAAAAAUCAUUUACCUUGUUACCUGGAGCUGGAAAUCAUUAUAAGAGAGUUAUAAUUGAUGAAAAUACAGGUAAGGAGAUCCCAUUUUUACCUAAUAUUUAUGCUGAAGAUGAUAGAUUGGUUGAUGUGGUAAAGGAAUUACCUGAAGAUUUCUAUUCCACCAAUUAUUUCACCGAUAAAGGGAUUGAAUUCAUAAAUAGUGAACAAAGAAAAGAUAGACCAUUUUUAGGGUUAUUAACUUAUACUGCUCCACAUUGGCCUUAUCAAGCUCCUCCUGAUAUUAUUGCCAAAUAUAAGGGUAAAUAUAAUGGAGGUCCUGAAGAAUUAAGAAGACAAAGAUUGAAAGCUGCUGAAAAAGCAGGAAUUAUUCCUUCUGGAAUUGUACCACAUCCUAUAAAGACAAUUAGAAAAUUAUGGAGUGAGUUAACUGAUCAUGAAAGGGAAAUUGAAUCAAGAAUUAUGGAAACCUAUGCUGCCAUGGUUGAAAUCUUAGAUACUAAUAUUGGAAGAGUGAUUGAAGAUUUAGAAAAGUCAGGUGAAUUAGAUAACACAUUUGUCCUUUUCAUGUCUGAUAAUGGUGCUGAAGGUAUGUUAAUGGAAGCAUUACCAUUAACCAACCAAAGAUUUAAUACCUUUAUUGAAAAGUAUUAUGAUAAUACUUUAGAUAACAUUGGUAAAGGUGAUUCCUUUGUAUUUUAUGGAGAUCAAUGGGCUCAAGCUGCUACUUCUCCUCAUUCAAUGUAUAAAAUGUGGUCUACUGAAGACCAUAAGCAACAAGGUAAAAUCUUAGAAGGAUUCUCUACCGUGAUGGAUAUUUUACCAACCGUAUUAGAUUUAGCUGACAUUAAGCAUCCAGGUACAACGUGGAAGGGUAGAGAAGUCACUACUCCAAGAGGUAAAUCUUGGAAAUCUUAUUUGGCAGGCGAAUCUCCUCAAAUACAUGACGAAGAUACAGUCACUGGUUGGGAAUUAUUCGGUCAACAAGCCAUUAGACAAGGGGAGUAUAAGGCUAUUUAUAUUCCAGCACCAUUCGGACCUGAAAAAUGGCAAUUAUUCAAUAUUAGGAAAGAUCCCGGUGAAACUGAUGAUUUGGCCCUUGUCGAACCAAAAGUAUUAUCCACUCUUGUUAAUCAUUGGGCUGUUUAUGCUGCAGAAACAGGAUUAAUUGAAUUAGGUAGUGAUUUCUUUGAAAAGGAAAAACUUGAAGGCGAAGACAAUGAACUUGUUUACAGAACAAUUAUAGAUAAAACGUGAAAUUUUUAACUUUUAUAUUUCUAUUAUUUUUACAUUAUAUAAAUAUGCAAUAUACAUACUCUAGACGAAAACUUAAUUAUCUGUUCUCCUUUUCUUUUGCUUUGGUUGUUCAGCUGGAA